UCCUUCAAGUAGCUAUGAGCACUAUUUUUCACAUACAUACAUACUUUGUCGAAAUUGAUGCCGUCAGGUUAUAUAGUUUAAGUAGAUAAUCAAAGGAAUCGAUAUGAAGGUGUAUUGUGUUCUCCUAUUUAUAGUCUUAGCUGUUGCGGCCGUAUAUGUUGACGCCACAUUGAUACAUCGUAUAAGAAGAGAGUCAUCAGGCGAUGGAAAAGAAGGCUCGACAACCGACAAUGGAAGCGGGUGCUUGGGUGAUGACGAGGACUGUGUAGUAACUGUAUCACCGACCAGUGGCGGGAACGAAGGCUCGGCGUCCGGCCACGGUUGUACAGCGGACGACGAAGACUGCGGAGUAACUGAAGCACCACCAACCGAUGGUCCAGUAACGGAUGAUGGCGAAGGCUCUGGUGAUACAACGGACAGCCCUGGCGAUGGAAGUAACGAGACUGGAUCAGGCGACGGAGGUACCGGUACCAAUUGUUUGGAAGACGAUGAAGAUUGUUCAGGCAGCGGAGGGGGAACAGAUCAUUCCGGCGAAGGGAGCGGAGAGGAGCCAUCACACCCUGGCGACGGGGAAUGAUCCGAAGUAAAAACAUUAUAGGCAGUUAAACAUCAGUAGUCCACAAUCAUCGUCAAACGUGCAACAGAUGGUCUCCAGCUACAAUUCAUAAUCGAUGCUAUUUCAAUGGUUCCAACGUAAUAGACCAAAUUAGAUCAAUCUUAUUGUUGUACAUUUUCAUCGAAACCUGGUCAAUUGUUGACCGUCUUCACAAAGGUUUUGUUAACACCUAUUCAUCGUAAUGUUUGUUUUGUACAUUUUAAAUAAUACAUAUAUCAUAUACAACCAUGUUGUAAUUUUCUUAUUCAUAUCAGGAAAGUAGAUAAGACCACUUAA